AUGGAUUCAAUUGCCGUCAAGCCGAUCCAGCGCCGUGACAACCAUGGCUCGGCCCAAGACCACAAUGCCAGACCUCUAGCAGAGGAGUUGCGCGAAGAGUCGCCCAUACCUUCAAACAAUUUCGCCUUUACUCCGUCCCAGUUGCACAAGUUGAUGACGUUUCGCAGCCUCGAAGCUCUCGACUACUUCGGCGGCACUCGCGGCCUGGCCGCUGGUCUACGUACUGACAUCGCUGCCGGCCUCAGCGCUGACGAGACUAACCUCGACGGAUCCGUCUCUUUCGACGAGGCCGUGGCUGCCGGCAGGGAAGCGCGUUCUCCAGUACUGCAGAGCGUCCAUCCGCCCUCGACACAUCAUGCCUACCAUGCUUUACGUCUCGGAGACGGGCCCGACCCCCAUUUUGCGGAUCGAAAACGAAUAUUCGGAGCCAAUCGACUUCCGCGCCGGAAACAAAAAUCCUUUUUCAAACUCAUGUGGAUUGCCUUUAAUGACAAGCUGCUCAUACUCCUCACAAUAUCGGCCUGUAUAUCUUUGGCUAUUGGCAUCUACCAAUCCGUAAGUGCCGAGGAGGGAAUGUCCAACAUUGAGUGGGUUGAUGGCGUAACUGUUGUUAUUGCCAUUGUUAUUAUCGUUCUUGCAAGUGCUGCCAAUGACUGGCAAAAGAAUCACAAGUUCGAAAAGUUGAAUGAACGCAAAAAACAUCGAGAAGUAACUGUCUUCAGAUCCGGGAGAGCGCAACUCAUAUCUAUACAGGAAGUCAAUGUCGGAGAUGUGAUGCAUAUUGAAGCGGGCGAAGUCGUUGCUGUUGAUGGCGUUCUUUUGCAGGCUUCCGGUCUCCAUAUAAACGAGUCCUCCAUCUCUGGUGAAUCUGGCAUGGUACACAAGACUGUCCCUGGCGACCACGAUGCCUCCCAUGCCGUACUUGCCGAUCCCUUCAUCCUGAGCGGAACUACCGUCACCCGGGGCGUAGGACGCUACCUAGUCACCUCCGUUGGCUCCAACUCCACCUAUGGCCGUACUCUCAUGUCCCUGCGUGAAGAUGUAGAGGAGACGCCAUUGCAAGCCAAACUGGGCCGACUAGGUAAGCAACUUAUUGUGUUUGGAGCCGUUGUUGGUGCCAUCUUCUUCGUCAUUUUGUUCAUCCGGUACUUGGUUCUACUGAAAUGGAUGGCAAGCAAAGGGCCGUCCAACAAGGCAGAGGCAUUCUUCCACAUUCUCAUUUUGUCUAUAACUGUCGUCAUCAUAACCGUACCCGAGGGCCUGGCAUUGAAUGUCACUGUUGCACUUGCGUUUGCUACCACACGCAUGCUUCGUGACAAUAAUUUGGUUCGACUCAUUCGUUCGUGCGAAGUAAUGGGCAAUGCUACUUGCGUCUGUUCCGAUAAGACCGGCACUCUUACGCAGAACAAAAUGACAGUCGUCGCUGGUCGCAUUGGUCUUGACGGUACUUUCGAUGACAUGGACUCUCCAGUUGUGGGAGUUGGGCAGCCUCAACCGGGAUCUGCUGUAGUUGGGAAUGAAGGAUCGACGAAGCUCGUUUCUGCCAUGUCAUAUGAAGUUAAGGACCUUAUCAAAGACAGCAUUGCGCUGAAUUCAACUGCGUUCGAAGGCGAUGACUCCAAAGUCUCCGAGUAUUUCGGCUCCAGCACCGAAACUGCACUACUCAAAUUCAGCCGGGACCAUCUGGGAUUGGGGCUUUUGACAACCGAGAGAGCCAACAAUCCGGUUCUCACCAUGCUGCCGUUUGAGUCCUCCCGAAAGUGGAUGGCAGUGCUCAUCCGGCUUCCCAAUGGAAGGUAUAGAUUACUAGUCAAGGGUGCCGCUGAAAUCGUGUUUGAGUAUUGCGCUUAUAUUUUGGAGGACCAUACAUAUCAACUCACAGCCGCCCGCCUAUCCGAAGAUGACAGAAGUGGGUUCCGGGCAACAAUUCAAGACUAUGCAGGCAGUAUGCUGCGCCCAGUAGCUAUCGCGUACAAAGAUUUUGAUGAAUCGGAAGUUUUCGAAAGCCCUGAUGAUGACCCUGCUACCAUUAACCUUGAGUGGCUUGCCUCAGGACUGAUAUUCAUUGGCUUUUUUGGCAUCCGCGAUCCUCUGCGUGAAGAGGUCAUCGAUUCGGUCAAGAAAUGCCAAGACGCCGGAGUGUUUGUUCGCAUGGUUACUGGCGAUAACUUCCUGACGGCCAAGGCUGUUGCUGCCGAGUGCGGCAUCUACUCAGGCGGAGGGAUUGCGAUGGAUGGACCAACUUUCCGAAAGCUUUCCGAGGCCCAGCUGGAUGAGGUGAUUCCACGUCUUCAAGUUUUGGCUAGAUCGAGUCCAGAAGACAAGCUUCUCCUUGUAACCCGUCUGCGAGCAAUGAAGGAGACUGUUGCUGUGACAGGGGAUGGCACCAACGAUGCCCUUGCUCUCAAAGCCGCAGAUGUUGGUUUUGCAAUGGGAAUUCAGGGCACCGAGGUUGCCAAGGAGGCAGCUUCUAUCAUUCUCCUUGAUGAUAACUUUGCUUCCAUUGUGAAAUCUCUGAGCUGGGGUCGCACAAUUAAUGAUGCCGUCAAAAAAUUUUGUCAAGUAAGUGACGGCCGUAUCUCGCAGCGAAGAUGGUGUGCUCCUUACACUUUUCUCGCACAUGAACUAACAGAACAAUUAAUACAGUUUCAAUUCACAAUUAACAUCACAGCUGGUACUCUCACCAUUAUUUCGAAGCUCGUCGGUGACUCCAUCUUCACAGUGGUUCAGCUGCUCUGGAUCAACUUGAUUAUGGACAUCUUUGCAUCCUUGGGUCUUGCUACUGAUCUCCCCUCGCCUGACUUUCUUAAGCGCAAGCCAGAACCCCGAAAUGCCCCAAUUAUCACCAUCACAAUGUGGAAAAUGAUCCUAGGGCAAGCUAUCUAUCAGCUUGCCGUUAUCUUUACAGUACACUAUGCUGCCUGGGAAAUAUUUGAUCCGCAUACGCAAUCGGAGAUUGAAAAGUUGCAGACUCUAGUGUUCAACAUAUAUGUCUGGAUGCAGUUUUUCAAUCAACAUAAUUGCCGAAGGGUGGAUAACAAGUUGGAUAUCUGGUACCAAGGAGUGCUGCGCAAUCCUUGGUUCAUUGGUGUCCAAGUUCUCACUCUGGUAGGCCAGUUUGUCAUCAUCUUCAAAGGCGGAGAGGCUUUUGACACUGUGCCACUGACAGGAGCGCAGUGGGGAUGGAGUAUGCUUUUUGGAAUACUUACCCUUCCCCUCGGUGCGUUGAUCCGCCAGGUGCCAGACAGAUACGUCGCCUCGUUUUUUCAGAGAGUCGGUCACUUCCUUCGAUGGAUCACCAAGCCAUUCAACGGAUGGUGCUCUUGUCUCUCUAUUUUACACAUUCGCAGCCGUGAAAAGCUGAAUCAGGAUUCUCGGGAGAUGACCCCUUCCACCAAGGGUGGGAAGACUGGUGGUGAAGACAUAGCAGCCUCUAAGCGACCCAUAAGUGGAUCAACGCACAGUGAAGCGUCUAGUCACAGAAGGCACGCAUCGGGCGCGGUCGCUGAAAGCUCCAGCGAGGUUGAUGAAGAUGUAGACCUCCAAGUAUUAGUCGAGGCUGCGAGGUUGGGUCGUUCUCUUGGCAAGAAUGUCUUGGAACUCCAUCCCAAGACACUGGAAGAUGACCCGAUUAUCCGAAAGAGAAGCAAUCUCAGCCUUCCGCCGAGUCAAGACCCGGCAAUUAUGCAAUUCAUGUAUAGAACUCAUGACGAAGAAUCUGCUCGUGUGCCCCGAAGAAGACAACGAGCAAGAGCCGUUUGGGUUGAACCGACUCGACCCAGGCCAGUUACAACGCCACAAAAGCGCGGGUUGACAUGGGAGAGUUUUCUGCGAUCUAAGCGGAGAUGA